AGGGGGUGGAGCCUAGGCAAUGAGGUAAUCGGGGUAAACAGUAAAAAUGGCGGCGUCUAUCGCCGGAGAGCGACUGGCAAAUCCAAACCAGCGGGCGACCUGCCGCCAGGACGACAAAAGACUCACCGACCUACCCACCGAGGUUCUCGAACACAUCCUGUGCUUCCCAGUGCUGAAACAUGUCGACAUUUGCAACGUGUCUUGUUGCUGCCAACGCUUGCACGACGUCUGUCACGGACGAGGAAAGGUGUGGGGGCACCAGUACAAACUCAGAUGGCCUCGGCUGCAGAGGUUUUACCCACAGAACGAGAGCUGCGACUGGCUGCGAGAGUACAAGACGCGCCAUCGAGUGGGCAUCCAAAUCCGGAGGACGGUGGAGUCCAUCUCCAAAAGGUUCUUCACAGAAGUUCCGUGCAUCGGACAGGUUCUGGGCGACAGCUUUGCCGAGAUCGAGUCGCUGGGCAUGCCUGAGCACUUCUGCGAGGACGAGCUGGUUUUCAUCCUCCACGCAGACAAGAGGAAAAGCCUGACGUUGAAGUACUAUGCAAAGAAAAUCCUUUACUUCCUGAGACAGCAGAACAUCCUGAGGAGUCUGAAGAACUUCCUGGAGCAGCCGGCGGAGCAGCAGUUGGCUCUCGCAGGGGCGGUUCUGGUGGACCAGUACUGCAACCCGCUGGCCGACGUCACCCUGGAAGGCAUCUCGGCGCAGCUUGAUGACAUCGCGGAAAAAGUCAAAAAGACGCUGAGGCUGAAGAACCCGUCUCAUCCCAGCCUGCGUAUCGUUCCAGGCUUCAUCCUGGAGGACUUUGAGCUCCAGCGGCAGGUCCUCUGCGCCCUCAACUCCGUCUUGUAUGAUCAGCUCCAGUACAAGGGGGACCAGACGGACUACUACAACCCCCUCAACUCCUACAUCCAUCAGGUGCUACAACGCCGCAAGGGCAUUCCCAUCAGCCUCUCCGUCCUCUACAUGACCUUGGCCCAGAAGCUGGGGGUCAAGCUGGAGCCGGUCAACUUCCCCAGUCACUUCCUUCUGCGCUGGUGCCAAAAACCACAAGGGAGCGAGAACAUCUACGACUUUGUCUACAUCGACGCCUUCGGGAAAGGCAAGCAGCUGACGGCUAAGGAGUGCGAGUACCUCAUCGGACACCAGGCCGCCGCCGACUACUACGGCGCCAUCGGCACCACGGAGGUUCUUCUCAGGAUGGUGGGGAACCUGCUCAACAUCGGGAAACGAGGGGAAGGCAAUGAAAAGUCGUACCAGCUGCUGAGGGACACCCUGGACCUGUACCUGACCCUCAACCCAGACAACGUGACCUACCUUCUGCUGCAGGCCCGCCUCUACUUCCACUUGGGCAUCUGGCCGGAGAAGGUCCAAACACGCUCCCCACAGAGGACGUCAUGUUGUACAGGAAGUCAUCUGACUGCUGUGGCUUCCUCCCAGGUGUUGGACAUCCUGCAGCACAUCCAGGCGUUAGACCCGUCCCAGCACGUUGCCGUGGGCUACCUGGUGCAGCACACGCUGGAGCACAUCCAGCACAAGAAGCACCCGGCCGACCCCGAGGUGAAGACACGCGGUGCUCCGGAACACCUGGAGGUCCAGUACUCCGUGGGCCUCGUCAUGAAACACAAGAGGUCGGGGUACAACUGCGUCAUCUACGGCUGGGACCCCAAGUGCACCAUGAGCCAGGAGUGGAUCACCACCAUGAGGGUCCAGCAGCUCUCCAACGGCGCCAACCAGCCCUUCUACAACGUGCUCGUGCAGGACGGGACGUGCCGCUACGCCGCGCAAGAGAACCUGGAGCCCCACGCGUCCCCCCUGGAGAUCGGCCACCCGGAGGUGGGCCGCUACUUCUCCGAGUUCGCCGACACCCACUACGUGGCCAACGAGGAGCUGCGGGCGCGCUACCCCGAGGACACGCAUGAGACGGCGGCGACGGCGCGGCGGCUUUACCGUGACGACGUCGUCCGGAGGGGAGCGUCCUCCGACGCUACGCCCACCUAGCACGUACCUCGCCGUACCUUCCACAACACGCCGGUCACGGGACACUUCAUUAGGGACGUUGAAAAGAUGGCGUUUCAGAGGUACAGUAUUUACUGAGACAAUAUACGUAGUACUCUGCUUGUACUGCAGUAUUCACAGCAACGAGUUUUGGCACAAAUAUUCCACUUGACUUUAGUGACCACCUUUUUUUUUUUUUUUUUUUUUUUUAGAACGCUUUUUUGAAGCUAAAAAUAUUCUUGUCACUCACCCCCCCCCCCCCCCCCAAAAAAUGUCGUAUUUUAUUUACAUUCAUGCAUUUAUUUAUGAUUUAAUGUAUUCAUGAAAACAUGUUUUAAAAAAAAUAUUUAACUAAUAAUACAUUCAAGAAAUUUGAAAAUGUACAACUUGAUUCUUUUUCUCAAAUUUAUGACUUUAGUCUUUUCAUUUUAUUUCUUGUAAAUUUACCAGAAAAUUUGUAAUAUUACGAGAAUAAACUCAUAAAUUCUUGUAAAUUUACAACUUUUUUUUCUCAUAAAAGUAAGACUUUUUUUUCUAGUAAAUUUACAACCUUUCUCAGAAAUUCUCAAAAAUGACUUUAUUCUCGUAAUAUUACAACGUUUUUCCCGAAUUUAUGACCUCAUUCUCUUAAAUUUAUUUUAUAAAUAAUAGUCACAAAUAAAAAAUAUAAAAAAUCAUAAAUUUACGACUUGAUUCUAUUUGACGAUUUUAUUCUUGUAAAUUUACAACAAAAGGUUUUAAUAAAUACAUUUUACAAAAUCUGAAUAAAUUUACAACUUUUUUCCUCUAAUUUAUUUUGUAAUAUUCAAAUUUUUUUCUUAUAAAUUUAUGACAUUAUUGUUGGAAAUGUAUGACCUUUUUUCCUGUAAAAGCACAAGAAAUUAAAUGAAGAGAAUUAAGUUGUAAAUUUAGGAGGAAAAAAUACAUUUAUGAGAAAAAAGUCGUACAUUUACGAGAAAAAGAAGCCUUAAAUUUAUCGGAAAAAUGUCGUACAUUUACAAUACAUCUUUUGAAAUUUACAAAUUAUAUUAUUCAAAAAUUGUUCGUAACAUUAUGUAUAUAUAUUAUAUAAUUUAUAACUUUUUUAUUUAUUAUAACAAAAAAGAUGCUAAAUUUACAAGAAUAAAGUCAUAAAUUUGCCAGAAAAAAAGUCAGAAUAUUAUGGGAAUAAAGUUGUAGAUUUAUGAGAAUAAAGUCAUGAAUAAAAAAAAAUUCUCAUAAAUUUGCGACUUUAUUCUUGUAAUAUUCUGAUUUUUCUUCCAUUUGAUGUCUAUAUUUAACUAAUAAUACGUUUAAGAAAUGUAUUUCAAAUAUAGGUGUAAAAUAGUUUUGACAGUGUUUAUAUUGACAUUAAAAGAUUUAUGCUAAUGUCAUACACUUUAAAUUAUUAUUCCAUCUUUGUCUGUAAUGGCAUUGAAAUUUGUGACAUCCAAAUUAAAAUGUAUUCACGAAAUAAUACAUUUUUAUAUACUUGUUUAAUAAUAGCAUUUGAAUCAUAAUAUCAUUACAAUUAGUAACGGUUACAAAAAUUGUUAUGAUAAUAAAUAAUCACUGUAAAUACAUACAGUAUACAAAUGUAUCAUUCCAAUUUCUUCUUUUUUGGGGGGUAUUUGUUAUUUUUCAGUAUUAUGGUUGCUGAGUAUUUUAGUAUCGGUAUGUGUACCUAAUGAAGUGUCCCAGACAGCGUGCUCUAUUGACUUUUAAAAAGGAAGUGAUGACAAACAAAAGAGGAAGUGCUGUCAAUCACAGACAGGAAAAGAAAAUAAAUCCCACUCUUUCACUUUUUUUUUGUUUUUUUAAAGACGUUUUUUUUCCCCUGCCCUUGCAUUGUGGUCGGUCGGUUGCUUGGGGGCGGAGCCAAAUCAAUAAAUAAGACAUAAACAUUG